AUGAAUACGUCAAGCAACACUAUAGUAUUGGGAGAGAAUUGGGUUGAUGUGGAUGGAAAUGGGACAGUUGAUUACACUGAAUUCACUAUGGCUACAAUGCAUAAACACAAACUUGAGGAAGAGGAACACCCCUACAAAGCUUUUCUGUAUUUUGAUAGAGAUAAUAGUGGGUGA